GUGUGUUUAUGAUUCGUGAAUUGAAAUUGAAACUGAUCUCUUCCCAGUCCAGUUAAAAGUGAAGUAUCUCAGCGGCAACUAUCGGCAUAGCGGAACCCACAAACAAAUGCAGUACAAAAUGCAUGUAUGAGAAAUUACAACAAAAAAUUGCAUUUACACCUAAUUAGGAAACUCGGCUAAGUGAUCGUGAUCGUGAUCAGUUAGAUUGAAUCAACAUGAAUUUGCAUUUCAAGAGACAUGAGAUAGGAGUGCUCCUAAGGAAAGAUCUUCUUGUGCGAUGGCGUCAAAAGGGUCUAACCCUGACCCUAUUAUUAUGGCCCGUUAUUAUAUUUAUGCUACUCUAUAUCAUACGACUGAAAUAUGGAUCAAAAGUGAUUGAAGAGUGCCAAUAUCCGACUAGACUGUUGCCCACCAAAAACCAAGUGGUCCCAAGUGCCUUCUCAUAUAUAUGCAGUAUAGAGAAUAAGUGCCUAAAGACCGAACCCUAUGAAGAGUAUUCAAAAUGGAAAGAAGCACCUUUACACUCGGUGAUUGAUGUGGUAAAUGCUUUUGUCACUGACGAACGUUUGCACCAUGCGGUCGUGGAACUGGCCGAUAAGGCUAAUUUUGUUGGUGCCAUCACUACGUUGAUUACCAGUGAUCGUUUGGACAUUAUACGCACCAAUAUUAGCGCAAUUAUAUCGCUGGUACCUGAAAUCGAGCGCAUGGUGGAUUAUAGUUUUGAUAUCAAGCAUUUAUUUUCAAAUCGCGAGACAUUUGUAAAAUUUGGCAAACUUUUGUGUGGACAUCCGUUUCCUAGCACAGAAAGCAUUCCAUUGGUCAACGAUAUACUCGAUUCGGAGGACUUUAGCGCGGCAAAUGAUAAUGAACUGGAGGCUAUGCCAAGCGGUCGUCGUCGUCGUCGUCGAAGCCUUAAUCAAACCUCAGACUGGAGGCCAUCCAAGUAUUGCAAGCGUUUGUAUUUGGAUGUAACAUCCACCAACCAGGGUAAACUGACUUGGAAUACCGUUAAGCCGAUUAUACAAGGACGCAUUUUGUAUACUCCACCCAAUGCGGAUACGGAAAGCAUUAUUAAAUUUGCCAAUGCCACAUUCGAGGAAGUGGAUAAACUGAAACAAUUGGCCACGGCUGCUGCCACAAUAUUAACCAAAUUGCAUACGAAUGCAACCUUUCAGGAGGCCUUUGAUAAUCUCCUGAAACUGGCGCGUUCCCCGCUUGUUAAGGGUCUGGUGGGUGAUGAGUUCGAUAUUGGUGAAAUCGAACGGGUCUUCACCUAUAUACGGACCAAUCAAUUGAUCUAUGACAUCUUGACCACUGUUAGCAAUCUUUUGGAAUGCGUUUCCGCCGAUCGUUUCGAAGCGGUUUCAAGUGUUGAGCAAUUGCAGCGACGAGCCUAUGAAUUGAAUCAGAAUCGAUUAUUUUUGGCUGCCAUUAAUUUUGAGCAAACGGAGGGUAAAAAAUUGUCAUACAAAAUGCAUAUGGACACGGAUAAUACACAGCCGACAUUCGAGAAUCGGAAUCGUUUCUGGUUCCCUGGACCAGCGGAUAGUAUGCUAGUGGAUCUAAAAUAUCAUCGAGGUUUUGUGCAAAUCAAACAGAUGAUCGAUCUGGGUAUCAUUAAGUAUAAACGUGAACAAUUGGGACCCAUCAAAGAGGACAAUGAAUUGGAAUUGAAUUCAACAGCUCUGAAAUCCGCCUUCAGCCCAUUCACCGUACACCGUGUGGACGAUGAUGAUUUGGAUUUUGAUGACGACUGGAGUGUCGAAUCAAGUGGUGAUAGUAAGACAACCACAGGAGAAACCACCAUUGAAACAACCGAAACGCCACCAAUGACGACUACAACAGCAUUAGAAGCUAAUGAGGAUCAGUCCAGUGUUAGUACCAUGAAUCCAGAGAUGUUGCUUCUCAAUGAGAAUGUCCCAGAGGAACGUUCGGAACGUGUCAAACGUCAGGGAUUAUUGGAUUUACUAAGUAGUUUUGGCGGUGGGGGUGGUGCCAAAAAGAUUACCUACGAUGUGGAUGAUAUGCAGUUCUAUACGAAGCAAUUUCCCUAUCCCACCUUUGUGAAUGAUGUAUUCAAACGUGGAUUGUACUUAGCGCAAGCAGUUCAGGUGGCCUAUUGCCUAGGAUUGGUAGUGGCUGUGGCCAUUUGUGUCCGGGAGCGUAUCUGGAUGCGAGAAAGUCGCAACAGUAUGCUACUGCGUUCGAUGGGCUUGCAAGUCCAUUCGGAGCUAAUGGCCUGGAUAUUGAUAAGCUUUUUGGAACUAUGCUGCAUAUUCAUUUUGACUAGCCUUGUUCUAUAUAGCGGAGGGAUUUUGGCUUUUACCAAUUGGUUCUUUAUGAUGUUCUACUGUUUAUGUUUUGGACUGUGCCUCAUAUCUUUUUGUUAUAUGUGUUCGAAUUUCUUCACUUCGGCCAAUAUUGGAGCUGUAGCCACUUCGCUGUUAUUCUUCAUCACUCUGUGUCCAUUUAUUAUAGUCCUGAUGUUUGAUGCCAAAUUGAAUUUCUUUGAAAGAUUUCUGGUGGAUCUAUCAUUCACCACGGCCUUUGCCAAGGGCUGGAGUGAGUUGAUGCGCUAUGAGCUGCAACAGGAAGGUCUCGGCUUAAGUCAAUUGAUUCAACUUGGACCCCGAAACAGUGAUUGUGCCAUGGCCUUGCUUAUGUUUGCUUUAGAUCUGGUUAUUUAUGCAGCCAUUGGCUAUGCGUAUCAGCGUUAUAAGAAAACCAACUACAGUUUUGUGAGGGUUAAACGUGGCCAAUUGGAUCCCAAGUUGGGUGCUUCAUUGGCCAAUGCCACGAAACUCUAUGGCCAGAAUUGUGCCCUAUCCAAUCUUACAUUGGACUUUGCUCGCAAUCAGGUCAGCUGUCUGCUGGGACGCAAUGGUGCCGGUAAAAGCACAUUGAUCAAAUUGCUAACCGGACAGAUCAGUCAGACAAGCGGCCAGGUGCUUCUGGCCGGUGAGGAUAAUGUUGGGGUUUGCUGGCAAGAUAAUAUUCUCAUACCAAACCUGAAUGCUCGCGAACAUUUGGAGAUGUACGCCCAGAUUAAGCUAACACCUGGACACAGUGGAGAAAGUGUGGACAAGGAGGUUCGCACCACUCUGAAGAGCCUUAAUUUUGGCCAACAUGAGAGUUAUCCAUCGUGGCAGCUAUCGGGUGGCUACAAACGUCGUCUGUGUGUGGCCAUUGCUUUUAUAGCCUCACCGAAUCUAGUUAUAUUGGACGAGCCAUGUAAUGGGGUUGAUGCCAAGGCCAGAAAGGAUAUCUGGCAACUGAUUGAACAAUUGCGUCAGGGAAGGGCUGUGAUAUUUGCUACUCAUUUCUUAGACGAGGCCAAAUAUCUCAGUGAUUCACUUGUGAUUAUGCGAAAUGGUCGCAUCAUUGCCCAGCAUAGCAGAGAUUCAUUGCAGAAUCUUUGCACAUCCCACUUUAGUCUCUCAAUGCAUUGUUCCGACGCUUUAAGUGCUGCUGCCAUUGUACAGAAGGCCCAGCAAUUGCUGAUGCAAUGUCAAAUUAUGCCAACAGCCGAGGAAACACACAAUUUAAUCAUAAGUGUCAGUUAUGCGCAAAAUCUCACACCCGGCGCUGUGGAAUUCUUGGAGCAUUUGCAGGCCCAGGAGGCAGAUGGCAGCAUUAGCGAUUUACAAUUGACCAGCAGCAGCAGUUUGGAGGAAGAGUUCGAGCAACUGAAUCGCAAUGAAACCGAUUAUCGCAGACAACCGACAGCAGCCAUGGGCAGCAUUGUGGCCGGUCCGGAUGAUGUGAGUGACGAACCACCGAAGGCAUCCCGUCAAUUGCGUUUGCUAUUGGGCAAACGUUUGCGUCACUUUGCCCGAAACUAUCGCCUGUUGUUGUACGUUCUGCUAUUGCCGGCCAUAUUCGAGUUAUGCGCCAUGUGGUUUGUCAGCUAUCGUUUAGAGGAUGAUUUCGAUACGAUCCUGCCGUUUAGUCGCUCCCUCUAUGCUCAGAGUAGUCAGCUCUUGAGUCACGAGGAUCUGGGUAAAUACACAAACAAGUUGUAUCAACGUCUUCACGACGACUGCACCAGCAACAAGGGCCCUGGAUAUCAGUGUCAUGAGUUUAAUAGCUCGAAGGAGGCCUUCCAUUGGGUCCUCACCAGUCUAGAUGAGUAUCGGGAACGUCGCUAUGGUGGCUAUGGAUUGAAUGGCAGUGGUGCCACUGUAUGGUAUAACAACAAGGGCUAUCACUCCAUGAUGGCCUGGCUGAAUGAUUUGAAUGUCCAAAUUCUGCGAACCUCACUGAAUGAUUCAGCCUACGAUUUGGUGGCAAAGAACGAACCCUGGAAACUGGGCUUUGCCGAGCUGAGUACCAGCUCCGUUUUACGCCAGGCCGGUGACUCAUGCAUGGUGUUCAUUCUAUUGAUAGCCUUUGGCUUGGUUGUCGCUGCCAGCUCUGUUUACUUGGUCAACGAACGCAUCAAUGGUGAGAAAUUGCAGCAGCGCUUAUGCAAUGUAAGUGCCAUAACCUAUUGGCUAAUGGCCUUCAUUUGGGACUAUUUGAUCAUGGUGUUGACAUUGGUUAUAUGCCUCGCUGUGGUCUUUAUCUUUAAUAUGCCUGUCUUUGUGGAUCGCCAACAAUUGGCGGGAAUUAUUGGAUUAUCCCUAAUGUUUAGUUUCGCCUGCGUUCCAUUGGUUCAUGUGGCCGAGAAGUUAUUCAGUGACUCUAGCAUUGCCAUUGUCUCGAUCUUUUGUGCGAAUAUCAUUAUACCCCUAGUCACCAUGGGCAUCAUUCUGAUUCUGGGCGUUGUGGGCGAUGGUCCCAGCUGGGAUAGCUGGCGUUAUGGGCUAAAUAAUGCCUUUCUCAUCUUUCCCCAACACGCCCUGGGCGAUGGCCUCUUGGAGAUAUGCAAAAACUAUAUGGUCGCCUUGGUCUUCAGGCGUUACGACAUUGAUUCCUACAAGCAUCCCUUGGCCAGUGAUCUAUUGCAACGGCAUUUCACAGCUCUGGCCCUGGUGGGCAUUGGAGCCCUUAUACUCAACGUACUGAUCGAGUGUCAUCUGCUGCGACGUCUAUGGAAACGUUUGGAGCUACUGCUCGACUGGCAAUAUCGCCGUGAAUUGGAGAAAUUGGGUCAACUGAAACUAGUCAAUAUACAGACCAUAUUUAAGUCAUGCCUGGGAGCCGGUGAGUCACUUCGGGUCGAAAAUCUCUGGUUGGCCUACAGUCGCGGACGGUAUGCGGUGCGUCAAGUGCAUUUUGGUGUACAACCGGGCGAAUGUUUUGGACUAUUGGGCAAAAAUGGGGCAGGAAAGUCGACCAUAUUCAAAUUGUUAACAGGACAAUUGGAGCCAAAUGUGGGGCAUAUACAUUUUGAGCAGCCUGGACUCUCGUAUUGCCCACAAAGCAAUCCUUUGGAUCCUCUACUCACUGUCAGUGAAUGUAUUCUCUUCUAUGGCCAAUUGAGGGGCAUUAAACAUCUCGAUCAAUUUGUUGAGCGUAUACUCAAUACAUACGAGUUGCGAAGCUAUAGCGAUGUACAGGUAAGAAAUCUGAGUGGUGGCAAUCGUCGCAAACUCACAGUGGCCAUCACCUGUUGCGGCUAUACCCCUAAUGUUUUGAUGGAUGAGCCGACCAGUGACAUGGAUCCGGUGACAAGAGAGUUUGUCUAUACGACCAUACAACAGCUGUUGAACUCUCGUCGAGCUGUGAUCCUUACCUCGCAUUCAGUGUCCGAGAUCGAGCAUUUGUGUCAGCGUGUUGCCGUCCUAAAGGGCGGCCAAAUUGUGGCCAGCAAUAGUCCAGCCAAACUGAAGGCCCAAUAUGGAAACUAUUACAGUGUUAGCUGUUUCUGUGCUCCCGCCCAGCAGGCGGCUCUGGCCAAAAUGCUGCCACAGCAUUUGCCAGGUGCCUGUGAGCUGCAGCAUUAUGCACAUUCUCUGCGAUUUUUGGUUAAGGUGCGUUCGGCUACUGAUGAGGACAGUGCGACGCAAUCGCUGCCCAAAUUAUCCCAACUAUUUGCGGCCAUGCGGCAUAUGACAGUGGGUCUGGAGUUGCCCGCCCGUUUGGCCAUCAGCCGCUGUCGCUUUGAGACGGUCUUUGAGCGCAUUCUGGAUAGCAGUAGCAGUAGCUAUGAACCGAAAAAGACGACGACGACAACCCUUACAAAUGGCCAUGGAAUGGCCAAGUUCGAGAAAAAGCUAGAGGAGACGCCGGAUUUGCCUAGCAAAUCGGCCGCAGUUAGUGGCACUUUGGCAACUGGUUAUUUCCAUAAUAACUAUGAGGAGACGGCUACCUAAAUCUAUGUGGACCAGAGACAAGUCUUUUUUUUUUUGUUUACUUCUUAACUUUCAGUUGUUUAUUUUGUGAUAAGAUCGUAUGUUGGACGAUCCAGUGAUAAGUCUCACCUCUGGCACAUAUAAUUUCUUUCUUUUUCGGUGUUCUGAAUCUAUACCUAAGCCUCUCAAAUAGGAUUUAUUUAUGUUUAAGUUAUUAUUAUUAUUAUUAUUUUUUUUCACGGG